AUGCCAGAGUACAUGCGCACGAAAUUUCGAGUGAAGACGUUCUCGCUGAUGACUCUGCAGCUAGGGGUCGUCUUUGCGGAGAUGGUUUGCAUCGACCACUACCAUUUGUGGGACAACGUUCUCAAUUCGAUGCGUGAGGGACAUUUCCUUGACGUUGGACAGGAGGUGCUCUUCUACACCUCCGGUUUUUUCACACUGCUUUCCAUCAUGGUGAUGUUCUGCGUGAAGGAUAGGUACCCCCUGAACUAUUGGUUGAUUUUGUUGACAACGUUGCUGUCUGGAUCCUUUUGGGGGAUGACUCGCGCAGUUGUGCAAACAACUAUGCACUUUCAGAUCGUUGGGAUCCUGUGCUGCUCAAUGUGUGGGGGAGCUGUUGCUUCAUGCUUGAUGAAGGACGUCCAGGGACCAAAGCUGCUCUUGGCCACGAUACCUCCGGGAUGGAUUCUCGGAGCAACGGCCAACGUCCUGAUCAGCCGCGUCUUCGUGCAGGAGACGGACCGCGUGGUUCUGGGAUCGACAGGAUUAUCGAUGCUGCUGCUGUGUAUCCUUUCAAUGGAUGCAGGCAGGUACCUGAUCCUCGCAAAGCCGGAUGAUUUUAUGAGCCUCUGCCCUUCUUUUGUUGUCUUAGGCUAUCGAGUUUUGUGCGUGCAAUCUUUGUUUGAAACAUGCGUCUCUGAUGCUGCUUUCCUCAAGGAGAGUCGUGGUUGCAAUGAACUCCACCCUGAUGGUCGUAGCCGCUCGGAGUUUAACAAAGGGUGUGCUUGGGCCAGACGCAACUUGUUUUGA